AACCUUUCUCCUGGCUUCAAAGAAUGGGCCUUUUGUUCUUGUGUGGUGUGCAAAACCUGAUCGGAGAGGGGCAGUCUGCCAACAGCAGGAGGAAAAGAUUGUGUAGCCCGAUGGAGGCGCCAGGAGGGUGUUCAACACAGUCCAAAUUCUUCGGCUUUCUUGAGCUACACCCAGCUUCCCAUCGGACGGCGGUCCAGUUUUGAGCCGGGAUGCUUUUCCGAAAACAAGCGUUGAACUUCGACCUGUUGUCACCGUGGUGGGACUCCCCCGACCGACUGUUGUGUUUGUGGCUGAAACACAAACCCCGGUGACAUCGAAAGGCUCCGGAUGAUAAACAGCAACAUGGAAACUUUGGAUUGUGCCGCUUGGCGCCUCGGAUGCCACGAAGGCAGGUUGGGGGCGGCCCAGGGGAAGGGUUGAAGGAAGAGAGGAGGAGGAAGGCCAGAUUGACGUGACAGAAUUCGUCCUGAUGGCUCUCGCUUCUCUCUCGAAGGGACCAUGUGACUUUUCUUCCCCCGGCCUGAUCUGAGAUGUUUUCCAAGCGAAAGACCCCCAAUGUCCAACGCGCUUGCCCCAACGUGCUGACCCCCGACACAAUCCCCUCGUUUUUCAUCCCACCCAACCUCGCCACCUUGCAAGGACGGCGUGCGGCUGGGAAGCCCAGGGCAAGCGAGGCAUCAGCCCCGCCGGUCAAAAAUGAGGGCGCCGCAGUGCACGAGGGACACCGGGCCGGUGUGCGACUCAGAGGCGCUCCCACCACCAUCCAGCUCCCCAACCCGAUGAACUUGGGGUGCCUGCCUGAAAGCCCCAACACCUGGCGACGGGAAUCGCUGUUCCACAGCAGACCCCCGCCCCACCGAGGGCAGGGGGUCUGGCUCUCCUCCCCCCAGACGAGGCCGCUUCCGCAGCCCACUCCAGGCCCGGACAGCGACACCGCCUCUUCAACAGAAAACUCCCCUUACAAUUCCCCCUUGCCCACCCGUCCCCUUGGCGGGCUGCUGCCUUGCCAUGGCUACAGGCCCCGCCGGCGCCUGGCCUGCCGUUCCCCCCACGCUGGCGCAACCCUACGCCCCAGCUCUUUCUCCACAGAGGACACCAGCUCUGCGGACACCAGCCCUUGCUGUCUGCGCCGUGAGGCCGAUCCUGCCUGGAUCUCGCCGGGUGCCUGGUCCCUGGCACCUCUGUUUCCCCUGGACCUGAUGCGUUGCCACCAGCGCCUGAUCAAGGAGGUGACGCUGACGGUCAGCCAAGGUGGGCAGCUGCGCCUCUCCAGCGAGUAUCUCCCGCAGCAAGCCAGCUUCCGUGUGCGCCUGGUGAGCGCCGAAGGCUUCUACCCGCCUCAGGGCAGCCCCCGCCACAUCCACUGCUGCGUGGCCUUGCAGCUGCGCCCUGGCCUGGGCCAAAGGCAGCGCAGCGCCGUCAUCAAGAGGACCCGCAACCCCAUCUUCAACGAAGACUUCUACUUUGAGGACGUCAGCCCUGAGGAUCUUCCCCGGCGCAGCUUGAGGAUCAAAGUGCUGAACAAGGAAUGCAGCCUGCGGCGGGACGUCGUGCUAGGCGAAUGCGACGUCCCGCUGGAUUCUCUUCUGCCCUGAGCGGGGGUCCCUGGCAGAGAAGGGCCGGGGGGGUGGUAUGGAUGUCCUCGCGGAUGGACGGAGGGUCAACGGCUGGCAUGAUUUGCUUAACGGCGUGAUUUGCUUAAUGGCCGUGGCAAAGAAAGUCCUAAAACCGGGCCCAACAAUUGCAUCCGUGACGUUUGUAACUGCUAAAUUGAGCUGUGUUCUUGAUUCAGGCACCAGCCACCAGGGGGAGCUGUGCUGCCCUUGGUAUCGCUGCCACCUUGAGGCAGAAGGUGGUACAGCAGGAGUUGGUUGAUGAUAGAAGAACGAGACUCCAUCCAGCUUUCCUUCAAGCCAUUUUUGCUUGCAAUUAUCUGCACCCCCAUCUUUCUUAAGGGUGGGGCAGCCCCCACAUUUGAGGACAACCCCAGAAUUGUGGUGUUGCAGCCAAAGGAACGAAGUGUCACCCCCAGCCGACUCCCUUUUGCACCCCUUUUAAAGGGUUUUUUCCCGUUGCAUUGCUCAACUCUGCCACAAGAGGGCAUCUCUUGGCACCGGGGAAACUUUGCAAAAUUUAGAAAUGAAAAAAGAGGAUGUCACUGUAAGCGUUCUGCUCUCUUUUUAAUCAUUUUCGUACUUUUUCUUUUAGAUUCCUAGUUUUAUUAUUAGGGGAUGCUUGCCAUUCCUUGGUCCAGCCACAGGAGGGCACGCUAGGACCAGCAUUCUACUUUUUCCAACUUUUCUGGAAAGGGGGGGGGGAAAUACCUAUGUUUUUUACUUUUAUCCUUGGCAAAAUGUGCUUAGGCCCUCGCUUCCAUUUCUGUUUUGGUUUGCUAACUGUUAACUAGGAAAAGUCUCACUUAGGACAGCCACUUUGCUCCUCUCUCAGAAUUGGAACUUUUGGAUUUAUUCUGAGCCACGCUUAGGACUAGUAUCAUGAUGGUCUUUUGUUUACAAGCUUAUUGCAGGUGCAAUUGUUCAGUGGCAAUAAAAAGGACCGAGCCCAGGAAAAAUGGGGGUAUAUAUAUUUGACCCUGAGAUUUAUAAACGGGGAUAAUAAAGGUCCAGAACUGAAAAACGAAUUAGCUGUCUUCUAGGUAAUGAUCAUAAUUUAUUAAAUUUAUAGGCACCUACAUCUUUGCCUGCUUUAAAAAUUGCAGAACACACCCAGCACCAAAAAAAAAAAUGCAUCUCGCAAAUUUGAUUAUUAUUAUUUUUCUUGUUUUGACUGCAGAAGACUUUUAUUUAGCAGAGUGUCACUCCUCCAGAUACUUCAUCAAGAGCUCAUUAAAGGCCUCAAUGAAAUUAAUAACAAGAGCGGCUGAAGAUUAUACCUUUUAAGUAGCCUUGAUGAGGCCAGCAAACUUCUUCCAAAGUUUUAAAAACUUUGGCACUUUUUUUUUUUUAAAAAAAAAAAACCUCCUUCAAUAGAAUCAUUGAAAAUUGGGGCAGCCUGUUAAGUUAAAAUAGCAGGAAGGUGAGUCCAGUAUGUUUGCAACCUGGAGUUAUUUCUAAAAAUAAUAAAAGGGAUUAAAAAUAAACAACGGAGUUAUUAUUCGACA